AUGGCAGAUAACCCAGACGUCACACAGAAGACGGAGGAGAUAGCGACGAAAGCUCCUACCCCAGAGCCAGUGCCCUCCACCGAGAAAGAAAGUAAUGCGGCGGAGUCGUCUAAGUCGACGUCGACGUCUCCUUCUCCCGAAGAAGGCGCAGAGCCAACUUCUACGUCUGGGUCGUCCCCGACACCGUCUCAACCAGCGUGGCAAGCUAUAUACUCUCCCCAGCACAAUGCCUACUACUUUUAUAAUGCAGAAACCCAGGAAACGACGUGGACAAAUCCUCUAGAGCCAGCAGCCUCCACAUCGCAAGAACCAAGUGAUGUCCCAUCCACGACGCCCUCCGCCUCCACAUCAUCUUAUAAAGCCAGAGAAGCUGCUGCUCUCGCCGCAGGCAUCGAUCCUUCCCUUGCUCACCUUGACCCUUCUCUGGCUUAUGCUGGGAUCCCAGGCGCAUCUACGGCGCCGAAUGGUCAACCCUUGUUCACUGCAAAGUUCAAUGCACGUACGGGAGCGUUCACUGCAAAUAACGCCCGUGACCCAACGCAUUUAUCUGAGUAUGAGCGAGCCAAGAGAAUGAGCGAGUUCUACUUUGAUGUAAACCAGUGGGAGCAAGACCUCGCUACUCGGCAGGAGGAGGACAAGGAUGAAGCGGGGAAGAAGAGGAAGAGACCCACGAAGAAAGACUUGGUAUGUCCUUUCUUCCAGACCCAAGCGAGAGCAGACUCUCAGAGUAUUACAGGAACGGUUCAAGGAGCAGAAACGGUUGAAGAAGAUAGCAAAGACUGCGUGGUUGCGUCAGUAAAUUUGUUUCAUUAA